AUGCAAGUUAUACAAGGGCAAGGUGACCAGCCCACUGCGUCAAACCUCAUCAUGAAUCAGGACCCCGAGAAGGCGAAUUCUGUCGAACAACUAAGUGCCUAUUCGGAUGGCAACGAUCAAUCGGCAGAUGCCCAAGAUGUCCAGCCCCUUCCACCUCCGGACGGGGGAUUGAUGGCGUGGGUUCAAGUUUUGCUGAUGCACAUUGUAUUUUUCAAUACAUGGGGAGUUGCCAAUGUCGGGGUAGUCUCGGGACGCGCCACCGAUGCCGGGUACUUUAAGAUCACCUUCACGCUAGGUGUAAUCCUCCAGGUUUUCGGGAUAUUCAUGACCUCUCUUUGCACACAGUAUUGGCAAAUCUUCCUUUCACAGGCCGUUUGUCUUGGCCUCGGUAACGGCUGCACAUUUUGCCCUGCGCUAGCUGUCUUAUCCACCUACUUCAAAAGGAACCGGGCCCUUGCCGUCGGGCUGGCCGCUGCCGGCGCGGCUACCGGCGGGCUUGUCUACCCGGCCUUGAUAAAUCAACUUAUCAAUCACGACGACGUCGGAUUCCCCUGGGCGAUGCGAGCCAUGGGCUUCAUCAUGCUGGCCACUUAUCUUCCCUGUCUUAUUUGGUUUACGCCUCGCAUACCACCGCGGAAGGCGGGGCCGUGGAUUGACUAUUCGGCCCUGAGGGAAGUACCAUUCGUUGCGUUUACGCUGUGCAUGUUUCUCAACUUUUGGGGGCUGUACUUUGCCUUCUUCUACAUGGGAACGUUCGCGCGGGACAAGAUCCAUGCUUCUGAGCCCGCCAACUUGAUCAUGGUGCUCAACGCGGUCGGCAUAGUUGGGCGCAUCGUGCCGAACAUCAUCGCCGAGAGGUGGACGGGUCUUCUUAACAUCACAAUCCCCCUCAGCGCUCUAGCUGCCAUCUUGAUAUACUGUUGGGCGGCGGUGACAACCGAAGCCGGAUUAUACGCCUUUGCCAUCGUCAACGGCUUCGUCGCAGCCGCCCUGCAAGCCCUUUUCCCCACGCUCGCAACGACGAUGUCUCCCGAUCCGAGCAAGGCGGGAACUCGGGUUGGGAUGGUUCUUAGCGUUGUUGGUAUUGCCUUGUUGAUUGGCCCGUCUAUCUCGGGCAUUUUGAUCGAGCGUGGUCAUGGUGACUAUCUCUACGCUCAAAUCUUGGCUGGUUCUGUGGUCUUUCUCGGCGCAAUGGUUGGGAUUGUCGUGAGAAUUGCAAAAGGCGGUUGGGUUCUUAGAAUAAAGGUAUAG